CAGGCUGGCUUUUUCCUUGCUUCUAUGGACUAUUAAAUAAUAUGCUGAUUUGUUUGCUUGCCUGUAUGAAUCAAAUACUGCAUUAUUCACAUUAGUUAGGAUUCGUGUUACCAAAGCAACUAGACUCCUUCAUAAGCUUCAGGUAGCCUAUCCAGAGUGUAAACAGCAGACGCUGGACUGCAUUAUUUAUCAGUCCUCUGACACAAGUUCACAUGUUGUUUAUCCUUUGUGUUGCUAAGCAGUGUGGUGUGCUUCUUACCUGAACAACGAGACAGAAAAUAGCAGGUCUAAUGGAUUCAAACAGGGUGCAAAUGAGGAAAUACAACACAGACGAUAAAGAGGAUACUAAGGAAUGUACUUCAGUGCUUUGGGAGAAACGAUUCCAGCAGACCAUAUUUGUAGACAUCAGUGAUGAUGACAGUCUCCAUUUCAAUCAUCUGCAGAGCUCUUUCACCAUGUGUGUUUCACAUGACCUGGCUGUAUCCAGUGAGAACUCGGGUCUGUCUGGCUCAUCCAAGGCUGUAGAAGACUCCUCCAAAAGCCCGUCCUCCAUCAGCAGCCAAUAUAGACAUUAUGGCAACAUAAGUGAUGUGCAAGGAAAUGAGAUGAAAGUUUCUGCCUCACAACCUGACAGACAACCAAAGCAGACGAGGUGGACACAUGAAGAUGAUAACACCAGUGAUGAUGACCAGGAGGAACUCCCAUAUGAUGAUGAGCUUUACCGCCAUGUCACACAUUGCAGUAAUAGUCUCAGACAGAACUCAAAUUCACCAUUCAACCUGAUCAAGAAGAGUAAUCAUUGUCCUGAUGCUUUCAACACUCUCAGAAAGGAUGCCAAGUUGCCAGGAUGUGAUAUCUCUAAAACCAGUGGAUCUGUAUUUGAGCAAAAACAUCACCAAACUUCUAUCCCAGACUUCCUCCUCAGGCAUUUCUCUUAUGAUGAGCUGUUUAACUCCAGCAGACUCAUUGAAGCUGAGACUAUGCCUGAAGUCUCUCUGAUGGAUAGCUUAAGUGAAACAAUGAGAAGAGCGUCACCCAACCCACACACCAACACAGGAAAACACAGCGUAAAGAUCAACACCAGUUUUUUGGAUCCCAACAGGAGUGAACGCUUCACUGCUUUAGACCUAACAAAUUUAAAGACAGAGACUGCAGAAACAGGAACACAUAAAAAUAAUAAUUCUGAUAAAGUGGUAAAUCAGUCAGACUCCUCAGAAAAUUUCAACUCAAACUCUUUUAGUCAUGUAUACUCCAGUCCAGGUGCUGUGCUAAUGGUAACUGAAGAUGAGGUUGGUGAUGUAGAGAAUAAUGUGAAACAAAGCUACAGUUCCAGCCCUCCAGACCUGCACAAAGUAGACAUCCAGACUGUUAAAUGUUCCUUGGGAAGAACAUUGUCCUUCAGUGAACUGAAAUAUGGGCAGCGCCAGGUGUAUUACCCUCAACCUGACUUCUCCAACGUGGCCCCCAAAGUCAAGUUCCCCAAAAGAAAUGAUGUUGCCAAGCCUGCCUGUGACUCAGCUAUGACCAGAGCUCAGAAAACAACGGGCAUCCUGAGUAAAGUUCCUUCCCCCUGUAAAGCUGAUGUCAUCAGUAGAGUUUUGGAGGACUUUGACUUGAAGUCUGAGAAGCCAAUAAUUUUUAAAGACGAAAUGACACAUUCCUCAUUUCAUCAGGAUUUACAGACCCAAACAACCGGACCAACAUUCUCAAAUAUUUGGGGCAAAAAAGAAGACAUUCGACAGACAGAAGACAAUGUCAGAUCUGUGCCUCACACUUUCGAGUCAACCAAAGCAGGGUUGGAUGAAGAGAAGAGAAACAGGAAUUGGAGCUCUGUCUCUGAACAGAAGAGUCCAAAUGAGGGUUACAGGCUCACCAUUGAGCUCAAAGACAUUAUCAACCAAUUUAUGGCACAGGUGGAGGAAUUCAAAAUAUGUCUCAACAACAUGUCAUUGAGUGUUGAAGAGCAGCAAAUGGUGUUCAAGAGCUUGCUGGAGGUUCAGGAUCAACUGGAACAGAACUACAUGACUAAGAAAGAGGAGCACAGAGCACUAGAGAUGCAGAAUUACAUGGGUCUCAAGCGGAAUAUAGGGACAUUUGACCAUGACAGGCUAUUGGAAGGGGAGAUAUUUCAGCUAAGCAUGUACCUGGAGGACAUAAAGGAACAGAUAGACAGAAAUGCUUACUUUGUGCUCUCUCCUUCGCCCACAUCCACCACACCCAGUCUUCCACCGCAUGGACAGCAUAUACCAUCAUCCUCAGUCCAGCCAGCACUGCAGAAGGAGUCAGUCUCCAGUAAAAGCAGAUUAAUGGAUAAAGAAGAAGAAAGUUAUAAAGACGGUUAUGAGGUGCCUGGAGCUGUAGACUCACCCCCCAGCUGCCCCAGAGAGAACAGCUUCAGCAUCUACAAUAAGAUGUCUUGCAUUGCGAGGGAAGAUGAGAAUGGAAGUGCAAGGGUGUCAGAGGAGGAAGAUAACUAUAAGGGUAUCCAGACACAAUUAAGUAACUCAGUGUCACCACAACACCAGAGCACACCUAGCAGAUGCUUUGAUAAAGACUGUUAUUCAACAAAAGACUGGAUCUCCUCUGAUACUGAGCACAGUAAGAGAAAAGCACAAACCUCCACCUCUCAGAUUUUCCUCCACCUGCUCCCUGCUCUCACUACAGAUCACAAUGUCAUCUGCAAACAUCAUUGUCCAAGGAGACUCCUGUCUUGUGCAGACUCUGGUGCAUCUGAUGACAAUGAAGUGCCUGAUGUCUUUAUUCUCUCUCACAGAUGUCCUACCAACAAAAUAUCACAUGCCUUGAACAAUUCCUUCCCAGUAUCAUUAGAAAACUUGUCUCUGGACACAUCACAGUCCAGACAAGGCAACAAUUAUUGGAGAGCAACAACUUUUACUGGAUUAAAUACUAUUGGCAACAAUGCUAGUUCUGGACUACCCAAUCAUAGCAGAAAAAACAGAAACACUGGAUAUAUGAAACCCUCUUCCAAUCUGCCUUCUGGUUUCAAGGUGCAGGAUCAGCAAUCAGAACCAGGUGUGACUAAAAUAAGAUGCCCUUUUCAGUCAGACUCAGCACUUCUGCCAAGUAUCUUUUACUUCUACAAAGCCUCAACAUUGUCCACCUAUCCUUCCAGGACAGGAUGUGGGGUGCAUAGAGUCAAGGAGGAGGCCUUAAACCAGACUAUAGAUGAAACUCUGGAUGCAGCUUUGAUGAUGAAGCAGGUUACUGACCACAUGGCUAAAACUCUCUCGUCAGAUCUGGCCAUGGCUCAGCUCUACAGAAAGUUACGGGAAAUGGCUUAACAAUUGGUCACAUCACACUCUUUACAAGACACUCUUUUACAUAGAGGUGCAUAAAAAUGCUGCUUUUCUAAAUGCUUUGUGAUGUGGUUAUAUGUGUAAAAAAAAAAGUAGAUUGUUGUGUAAUAAAUGUUAAACUAAUCAUUCAAUUUUUUUAAUCUAUGUUUAAAUAUCUCAUUGGCUUAGACACCAAAACUUCAGUGGCCCAGCUUUUAGUAAAAGACACUAGGGGGCACAAAUUACCCUGCUUAUUCAUGCACCAGACUUACAUGGCACUAUUAAAAUGGUGAAAUUAUGACUGUUUCCUAUAAUUAAUUACGUUAUUAAGGUUUGUUUUCUUUAUUUUGUAUUUCUUCAUUUUACAUGCAAGUUAUUAAUAGAUUUUCCAGACAGUAAAAAAUAAAAAAAACAAACAAAAAAACCCCCAAAGAUUUAGUUGAUUUAUUUAGAUGAUGUUUUAACUCAUGAUGGUAGCAUCAGAAUGAAUUCAGAAGUCGACAGAAACGCUCUGGCAAAUUUAUAUAGAAAUGCAUUCUAUCUUAUUUGGAGAACCGUCAUCACGCAGCAAGAGAAUGACUCAAAAUACUCAACAAACAGACUGGCCAAGUCAAUCACCACUCCUUAACCUAACAGAGCAAAACUCAGUUGUGCACAAGGCACAGCAUCUGCCAUGUACUACGGCACAUGAAUAUGUGCCAUAGUACAUGGCAGAUGCUGUGCCUUGUGCAGUACAUCAGAGUUCAUGUUGGAU